AUGGCGACCCGCUCUCAUGGGCUCUUGCAAGCAUUGCUUAUCUGGACACUGUUGUCCCUUCAAAUUUUGGCUUCAGUCAUGUCCCCAGUCUUGAUUAAUCCUCUGCGAAAUGCGCAUGAAAACAAGAUGCAUGAUCUUGUGCCAAGGAACCAACUUGGGACGAAUGUUGUACUUCCCCCUAGUGUUGCGAAAGCUACCCAGCUCGACAUCGACGAGGCUAGGCGCAUUGUGGAUGAUGCCAUCAAGGAGGCUUCUGCUCUUAACAAGGCCCGACUGGAGCAUCCUUUGAGGAAUCACUAUCAGCUCAAGCCUGGAACUGGGACUUCACGUCGCGGUGAACCCAAUGGAGAUGCCCCACCACCGCCACUUUUCCAGAUCAGUAAGGAGAUUGCAGCAGCUGCAGCUCUCAUCGCUGAGGUUGAGGCUGUUGCUGAAACCAGGGAUUCGUCCAAGUCUAAAGCAGAUUACUCCUAUAUUGAUGUCAUGUACAACCGUACAGUAGUGAGGAGAGCAGAUGCCUUCUGGAUGGAAGAUAUAGAAAGGAAAGGAGCCUGGCCAUUUGGGAAUGAUCGUUCUUUCAAGGUUUUCCGUAACGUGAAAGAUUACGGUGCGGUUGGAAAUGGGGUAAAUGAUGAUACAGAGGCCAUUAAGAGAGCAAUCGCCGACACUGGUACAUGUGGUGAGAAGUGCAAUGGCGCUACCACCAAGAAUAGCAUUGUCUAUUUCCCCUCCGGAACCUACCUCGUCAGUUCCACCAUCGAGACCCAUUUUGGAAGCCAAGUAAUCGGAAAUGCAAACGACCGCCCUGUUAUCAAAGCUGCCAGUUCUUUUAUUGGUCUUGGUGUGCUCUCAACAAAUCAUUAUGUUGAGAAUGGGGGAAAUGGCACAGACGGCAAUGCGAAAGAGUGGUACGUCAACACGGCCAACUUUUAUCGCCAGAUCCGAAAUUUCAGAAUCGAUAUUACUGCCACUAACCAGGGAGCAUACAUUGCUGCACUUCAUUAUCAGGUCGCUCAAGCCACAAGUCUUUCCAAUAUUGAUUUUAUAGUUUCAUCAAACCCGGGAACCACUCAGCAGGCCAUAUUCUCUGAGAAUGGCAGUGGCGGAAUUUUAAGUGAUCUGACGUUCACUGGCGGGAAUUUCGGAAUCUAUGGCGGGAAUCAGCAAUUUACGGCCCAAAGGCUUCAGUUUACAAAUUGCAAGACAGCAGUUCAGCUAAUUUGGGACUGGGGAUGGAUCUGGAAAAACAUCCAAAUCACAGGAUCCACUACGGGCUUUAAGCUUAUGUCUGAGGAUAAUGUUCCUCGCUCUGGGUCGAUUAUGGUUUUAGAUUCGAUCUUUAGAAAUACGGACACUGCCCUCCUCACGUUUCCUGCAAAACAGGAAAGGGCCAAGGGCACCACAGGAAUAACAUUGGACAAUGUUGCCUUUGACAAAGUGAGAAAUGCUGUCGCAGACAACCAGGGCAAGGUGUAUCUUGCUGGAAGCGUUGGAAGCAUUAAUACAUGGGCUCUUGGUCCGGUGUAUUUUGAUUCUUCCCAGAGAGAUUUUACCCUGGGAAUGAGCUUUGAUACUUCAAGAGAGUCGACCUUACUUGCAGAUAGACUUUCGGCUCUUCCUAAGGCACCCUUCUUUGAGAGACCCAGACCUCAGUAUGAGGGAGUUCCUGUCUCAGAUUUUGUUCACAUGAAGGAUUAUGCGAAAGGAGACGGUGUUACCGAUGACACAGAAGCAUUCCAGAGGGUAUUGCGUGAACACUCUACAGACCGAAUUAUAUUUGUCGACGCAGGUUCAUAUAUCUUGACUGAUACAAUCAUCAUCCCAGUUGGAGCAAGAAUUGUUGGAGAAGGGUGGUCCCAAUUAGUUGCCUCUGGCCCCAACUUCCAAGAUGAAAGAGCGCCGCGUUCUCUGGUCCUGGUCGGACAGCCUGGCGAUACUGGUGAAGUGGAGAUUCAGGACUUGCUCUUCACCACAAAGGGGCCGACUGCGGGAGCUGUUUUAGUAGAAUGGAAUAUCAAAGCUUCAAGUCCGGGAUCUGCCGGCAUGUGGGAUUCCCAUGUGCGUAUUGGUGGAGCUAGUGGAACCAAACUUACAUCAACAGAGUGCCCUGCCAUUAGGAACGGCGUGAAUAGUGAUGACUGCAAAUCUGGCAGCCUAAUGAUGCACAUUACAGAGUCGUCGUCCGCAUACAUGGAAAAUGUGUGGCUUUGGGUUGCAGAUCAUGAUAUUGAUGACCCACAUCUGCAAGACGAUAACAAUACCAUGGUUCAAACUUCCGUCUACUCAGCCAGAGGUUUACUAGUUGAGAGUGCCGAAGCUACCUGGCUGUAUGGCACAUCGUCCGAGCAUGCCAUUUACUACCAGUACAAUUUUUACAAGGCGAAGAACGUUUUUGCAGGCAUGAUACAGACUGAGUCUCCAUACUAUCAGCCAACCCCCAAGCCGCCAGCACCGUUUGAAGGUGCUAUUGGCGUCUUGCCUGGUGAUCCAGAUUUUGGCGGUUGCCGUGAUGGUACACCGGGAUGCGAUGCUUCGUGGGGACUCCGAAUUAUUAACUCGUCUCAGACUUAUAUUGCGGGAGCUGGAUUGUAUUCGUGGUUCACCACUUAUACACAGGAGUGUGUUGAUAAGCGCAAUUGCCAAAACGCUUUGAUAGAGUUGAAAGGAAAUGGCCCUCGUGUUCGAAUUCACAAUUUAAUAACUAUUGGAGCUACCAAUAUGCUCACAUCCGACGGAUCCGAAGUCCCCUCGCAGGAUAAUCUGGCUGUCGACUACCACCCAUAUUGGAGCCAAGUCACCGUUAUUGAUCCUUUCCAAAACAGAGGUGCCCGAGGUCUUACGACACCGACAAGUCCUGACAAAAGUGGACGUCAAUGUCCGAACAUUCCUCCGGAAGUCAACGUCCCUGGAGGAAAAUAUCCCCCCGAUAUCCCCGUCAUGGGCCGGCCAGGUAAAUCUGACCAUGGAUAUUUUACGUUGGUCAAUGGAUCUCCAUACAACUGGAUGCUCACAUAUAACCAUUCGUAUCAAUUGGAUCAGUGGAAGUGGCACAAUGUUCCUGCAGGAGAAUCCAUUCAAGGUGAGUGGAAAUUUGCGCGUGCUUCCAAUAGAUAUGAUGACAAAGGUGAGGCAUAUUACAAAAUUGAUGGAACCGACAAAUCUUUUCAAAUUUGGGCCAGAUUUUAUGAGGAUGACCCGGAAAAUGCGUUCCAUCUUCGAGUUUUAUACGAUGGCUUAGAGACCAAAGAUGUCAAAAGGGGUACUUCUCUUGACUAUCGUACCCGUGGGGGUUAUGGGGGCAUGAGGGCGAUUAACUGGGUGUUGACUGGUAGUGAGGAGGAAGGGUAUUGGUCGAGCCAUAGCCCACCCGUUGCGUGGAUGUCAUCGAUACUAAAUAUUAUUGGGGAUCGAAAGGUAAAGCAUGUCUGCAUGCCUGGAAGCCAUGAUGCUGGAAUGUCGAAGUUAGAUGGUCACACUCAAUUUGCCGAUGAAGGGAAUACCCUAACUCAGUAUCUGAGUGUGUAUGACCAGCUGAGAAGAGGAUCUAGGUAUUUCGAUGUUCGUCCUGCCAUUGGUAACGGAGGAAAAUACCUCACAGGCCAUUACAGUUAUGUAGACGUGCUUGGAAUUGGAUGGCAAGGUGGUAAUGGGGAGUCGAUUCAGGAAAUUGUUGACGGAAUAAAUAGAUUCACUGCUGAGAAUCCAGAACUAAUCAUCAUUAACCUCGACCUAACCCUUGACACGGAUAAUGGUUAUAAACCCUUCAAUGAUGAACAGUGGAGUAAAACCUUCGACUUAUUCGAGGGCGUUAAGUACCUUCAAGGUAAUCUUGAAGGGGAUUUGACCGAGAGGACCAUGAAUGAUUACAUUGGCGCUGGCGGAGCUGCCGUCAUUGUCAUUGCAUCAGGAGGACCUACUCGCCCAGAAAAGGGGAUUUACUCAAACCGCCAAUUCCCACGGUAUGACAGUUAUUCCAACAGCGACGAUCCCGCAGCCAUGGCCGAUGAUCAACUUGCCAAGCUCAAAGGAAACCGCAACAUCGUGUCAGACACCACUGAACGAAAGGACACUUUCCACAUUUUUUCCUGGACCCUGACGCUUUCACGCGUGUUCGAAAGAACUAUUGCUGACCAAUCUAUCGAGUUGGGGUAUGACCCUCUGUUCUGGCGCGGGUAUCACGCUUUCACUCCCUUUUCGUAUCCGAAUGUGGUUUAUAUGGAUUUCAUCGGGAGUGCGGACCAGUCUGAGACAACGCUUGAGAAGACGCAUGGGGAGGUGACGGCGCUGGCGAUGGCGGUUAAUAUGGAGCUUGCGAGUCGGAAUUGUUAUGUCGGUGGUGGCACAAUGGUUUAA